UCGUUUAUUCUCUUUUCGGUGGUGUUGUGAAGUGGUUGUUUUUUUAAUAAGAUUUUUUUCGGCUAAAAGCAAGAGAAAAAACUGGAAUCAAUAAUUCGCAAUUAAAGUAUUAUUUUUCAUACAUACACAUAUAUAUUUGCAAAAUAAAUAUUAGUUUUAGUUAAAUAACAGAAUUUUCCAUAAGAAACACACAAGUAUUAAGAAAGUGUUGUAGCAAGAAAUUAAAAAAAAAUCAUACAAUUUGUUGAAAAAAAGAAAAGUUUAACCAAAAUGUCGGAACAAGAACACCAAGAUACUAAUGGAACUUCUAAUGGCGACGUGCCAGAAAUUGAAUUGAUUAUUAAGGCCUCAACUAUCGAUGGACGCCGUAAAGGAGCCUGUCUUUUCUGUCAAGAAUAUUUUAUGGAUUUAUAUCUAUUGGCCGAAUUGAAAACAAUAAGUCUUAAGGUAACAACAGUGGAUAUGCAAAAACCACCACCAGAUUUUCGCACAAACUUUGAGGCCACACAUCCGCCAAUUCUUAUUGACAACGGUUUGGCCAUUUUAGAAAAUGACAAAAUCGAAAGGCACAUCAUGAAAAAUAUCCCCGGUGGAUAUAAUCUUUUUGUGCAGGACAAGGAAGUGGCCACCUUAAUUGAAAACUUGUAUGUUAAACUCAAGCUGAUGUUGGUCAAGAAGGAUGAAGCCAAAAAUAAUGCUUUGUUGGCUCAUUUAAAGAAAAUCAAUGAUCAUUUGGUUAAUCGUAAUACACGUUUUCUCACUGGUGACACCAUGUGUUGUUUCGAUUGUGAAUUAAUGCCACGUUUGCAGCAUAUAAGAGUGGCUGGCAAAUAUUUUGUAGAUUUUGAAAUUCCAACACAUUAUACGGCUUUGUGGCGAUACAUGUAUCAUAUGUAUCAAUUAGAUGCCUUUACUCAAUCCUGCCCCGCUGAUCAGGAUAUUAUCAAUCACUACAAAUUGCAACAGAUGUUGAAAAUGAAAAAACACGAAGAGCUGGAAACACCCACCUUCACUACAUCCAUUCCAAUUGAUAUUUCGGAAUAAGAUUGCUGCGUUGUGUUAGCUUUUUUUAAUGCCUGGCUAAUACACAAUUUUGCAUACUUAUUUGUUUUUGGUUUAUUUUUAUUUUUUUAAUUAUUUUUUUUUUUUUUUUUUUGAACCCCACCCACUUUUUGAGUAGUGCAAACUUUAAUUUACAUAAUGAUGAUAAAAAAUAUAUAUAUAUAUUUUUCGGUUUCAUUUAUAUAUAAUUUAAGAUUUUUAGCGACCUUAAUUUUGUUUAUAUUACUUUAACUUUUUUUGUUGAUGAUGAUUACUUUUUAAAUCUAAUGUUCCUUCUUAUUAAUACAGCUCAUUGCUUUGAAACCAUUUGCGGCCAACUUUUAACUGAAAUAUUACUUGUCCAUUUUUGGGUUUUUAGUUAUAAACUCGCUACCACUACUUAAACAGAAACGUUUUAUUUUGCUAGAACAUGACUACUAUAAAUAAAUAAUUAAAUUAAAAUUCUUUUUAUGGAAAUAACCUUAUGUGACCAAGCAACAGCAAACCAACAACAAACAAACCUUGUACUAACAAAAAGUGUGUUUUUUAUAACAUUAUUAUUAUUAUUUUAUAAAAACUUAUAUUAAAAUAUAUUUGCAUAUAAUA